CCCAUCUUGACGCCAUCUUGACGCCAUCUUGACUGCAACCCUGUAUCCGGCGGGAAAUUCAAGUGGUUUAUCCGGAUCAUUCUCCGGAUAGACGCGGAAGAGGUCAUCAUCAACAAGAGCAUGGGCUGCUGCUGGGAGGCCGCGUACGAGCAGCACUGGCGCGGGUACGUCGAGGGCGUCGUCAACGGCCGCUUCGGCGCGGCAGAGGUCCGCGCCUACGAGGCCAGCGCAGAGGACAUUGCGAACAUGGAGCGGCUCUUUGCGGUGCUGCAGGAGGACCCACCGUCGCUGCUCGACGACGACGAUGGCUCGUAUGCGUACCAUACGCCGGCCAACGUCUCGUUCGAGUACAGCACGCCAGGUCCGAGGAAGAAGCGAUUGCGGCCCAGCAGCGGCAGCAAGAGCAGCUUCUUCCCCGAGUUCGACUCGAAAGAGCUGCAAGCGAGCCUCGACGACGUGUCCAUGACGCUCUGCCGGCGCAUGGCGUCGCUCUCGCCCAUCACAGGAGACCGCUCGAGCACGACGGCGACAAAGCCCAUUCUAGCGACCAGUGCGGACACGAGCGUGAUCCCGUUCCGACUGCCCGACGACGACGAGGUGGACGAAGACACGCCAACGCCAACGCUAGAGCACCUCUCGCGCACGCUCGUGCAUACAUCGCCAGCGCAUCCAUCGGGACGGCCUCCUCUGCGUCAUCUACGACUUCACAUGCCACCUAGCGAACAACAGGCAGACGAGGCAGCUCUGGACGAGUCGAUGGACUACUCAUUCGGCAACAACAGCAACAAUCGCGAUGAUGACGACGACGCUCCUGGCGCGUCGCAUGACGAGAUGCUUGAGAACGCGCCCGACAUGUCCAUCUUGCUCAGCCAACUGGGCAUGAUGCCGUCGCUGCCCGACCCGGACGACGACGAGCGCGAUGCAUUUCCCCACAGUGCAGCGACGCCGCAGACCCACAAGCUAUUACGAGGCCGCAGCCGACUCAAGCAGGCGCAGAGCGUACCAAGCAAGAAGACGAAAGCGCUUCUCCGGCGGCAGUCGGUCUACAGCGAGCUCUCGAGCUUUGACGGCGACGACGCGUCGGGCGACAUUUCCAUGACAUCGCCGAUCGCCAAGCACGUACAGACGACGCGAGGGCUCGUGCUGCAGUCGGCGACCAAGAAGCCGGCCCAUGUGCUCGAGCCGUACCAAGAGCGCGCCGUCGAUUGGAUGUGGGAGCGCGAGCACCCGGGCAUUCUCGACGAGGUCAAGGGCGGGAUCCUUGCCGACGAAAUGGGCCUCGGCAAGACGGUGAGCUGCCUGGCGCUCAUCGAGCGGUCGCGCGACGCCAACGCGGCGGAGAAGUCGCGGCCGACGCUCAUCAUCGCGCCGCUGUCGCUCCUGCACCAAUGGGAGCGCGAGAUCAAGCACAAAACAUCGCUGUCCGUCGGCGUCUACCACGGAACAGACCGGAAGCGGUUCCGGCGCGACCCGGACUUUCACGCAUAUGAUAUUGUACUCUCGACGUACGAUGUGCUCCGCUUGCCUGAAGUCGCGAUACCCGUCUCCAUGGUGCACCGCACUGCGCCGCGCAAGGACACGUCAUGGAUCGCCACCAAGCGGCUCCGCGAAGAAAAAGUGUUGCUCUCCAAGCUCCACCGCGUGCAGUGGGACCGCGUCAUCCUCGACGAAGCCCACUUGAUAGCCAACAUGACUGCUGCCCGCACGCAAGCGUCGUUUCAGCUGCACGCGCGGGCGCGGUGGUGCGUCACCGGCACGCCGAUCCAGAACCGAUGCGAGGACCUCCACCCGCUCUUCAAGUUCAUUGGCAUCCCGCGCAUUGGCGACGACACCCACUUGGCGUCGCUCGUCGAUCUCUACCUUCUUCGCCGGCUCAAGUCGGCAGCGACUGCGAAUUUACCGGAAAAACUUGACGAGCGCGUCGUCUUGACGUUUGCGACCGACGCCGAGCGGCUCUGGUACCGCCAAGUGCACCACAUUACGCGGCGCGAGGUCCAAGAAACGCUCGGCCGCACAAAGUCCACGGGCCUCCACGUCUUUGAAUUGCUCUUGCGACUGCGCCAGGUGUGCGACUCGCCGUCGCUCCUCACGAUGCCGCUCAUCAACGAAGACGGCUCACGUCGCCACAUGCCGCGCGUCCCGCUCUCGACCAAAAUGCAAACCCUCUUUGACGCGCUGCGUGCGGCGACGGCCUCGAACGAGCCGUGCCUCGUCAUCUCCGAGUGGCGGUCGUUCUUGGACCUGCUCCGCGAGCAGCUGCAUGCAAUCAACCCCGAGAUCUCGGUCGGGCAGCUCGACGGUCGCAUGGCGCCCCGGGAGCGCGCGCAGGUCGUCGACGCGUACCAAGGCGGGCGCCUCAACGUGCUCUUCCUCUCGCUCAAGAGCGGUGCGCUGGGACUCAACCUCACUGCGACGCGCCGCGUCUUUGUCAUGGAGCCGUGCUGGAACCCGAGCCUCGAGAGCCAAGCCAUUGACCGCGCGCACCGCAUUGGUCAAACGCACCGCGUCAUCGUGACGCGCUACAUCAUGAAGGACACGAUCGAAGAAAAGAUCUUUGCGAUGCAAACCGAGAAGCGCGCGAUGAUGACCGCCGUCUUGCGGGACCGCAUCGCCGACAAGGGCGUGCCACGCGCGCUCAAGCGCAAGGACGUGAUCGACCUUGUGCUGCAAUAAGAUAUAUGUGAUAGAGACCGACUCGGCAACGAAAUAGACCGUACAAAGUCGA